UCAAAGCUCCCUUAAUCAGCAUCAAGACUUCCGAGCCACUAGAGCUUGUAUGCAUGGACUUCCUUUCCCUAGAACCCUCUAAAGGAGGAAUAGAACAUGUCUUGGUUGUGACAGAUCACUUCACUCGCUACGCCCAAGCCUACCCAACCAAGAACAUGUCAGCAAAAACAACAGCAGAAGCCUUUUUCAGCAAUUUUGUCAUCCAUUAUGGUCUUCCAAAAAGAAUCCAUUCUGAUCAAGGAGCCAAUUUUACAGGGAAGGUGAUGCAGGAAUUGUGCCAGCUUCUGAAAAUAGAAAAGUCCCGGACAACGCCAUACCAUCCAAUGGGCAAUGGGAUGACAGAACGGUUCAACCGUACUCUUUGUAACAUGCUUGGUACUUUGGAACCAAAUGAAAAGAAGAACUGGAAGGCGCAUGUAGGUCCACUCGUCCACGCCUACAACUGUACCCGCCAUGAGACAACAUCUGUAGCUCCCUUCUUCUUGAUGUUUGGAAGACAUCCAAGACUUCCAGUUGAUCUUAUUUUUGGAUUGGACAUGGAAAUUCAGGAAAGCAAGUCCAUAACAGAGUACACCAAAUCCUUGAAGGACCGUUUGAGGCAAGCCUAUGACAUAGCUUCAACAGCAUCUCAGAAAUCUCAGGCCAAGCAGAAGACUUACUAUGACCAGAGGGCCAGAGCUGCAAUGUUGGAACCAGGAGAUCGAGUCCUUGUAAAGAUUGUGGCCUUUGAUGGAAGACAUAAAUUAGCUAACAGAUGGGAGGAAGAUGUAUAUGUUGUGCUGCGCCAUCCAAAUCCAUCGAUACCUGUCUUUGAGGUUGGAAAGGAGAAUGGAGAGGGAAGAAAUAGAGUGCUACAUCGUAACCUCUUGCUGCCAGUUAGUUCUUUGCCAGUCAAAAUGCCACCAGCCAUUAAACCCAGACGACGACAAGUACCAAUACCUGUGCCUAAGCCGAGGAAGAACACGGCUGUCGAAACAAGUGAAGAUCUGUCUGAUGAGGAAUCAGCAAUUGGCUAUACCCGUUCUUCAGAACCUUCAGUUCCUACUGAGAUCACAGUGGAAAGGCCAACUGAAGGAGAGUCAGAAGAAGCUUUAGAAGGAGAUGAGACUCCUACUGAAGAAGGGAGGGAAGAAGAAGAGCCAACUGAUAAUACUGUUCACCAGAACGAGCAAGAUGAAGACAGAUCUGAGACUGGGGCCACAGGUAGUGAGGAUGACAGAGAAGAACAACCCAAUUUGCAGCCAGAAGAUGCUUCUCAGCCACGGCGGUCAACCAGAACCAGGUCACAGCCCAACUGGAUGAGAAGUGGAGAAUAUGUUCUUUCUGCCAUAAGUGAUCCUGGAAAUCCAGAAUGGCUUGCCAGAGCCAACUAUCUCAAUUCUCUGCUAGCUGAUGAUAGAUUCCGGGAUCAGCGACACCGAGUGGCUGAUACUCUUCUCGAUCUUGUCAGCGGCAAGGUCAAAUGAUGAGACAUCAUUUUCCUGUGGGGGGAAGUAUGUGGCAGACACAAGUAUUAACAUACAGUUUUGUUGUAUAUAUGUUUUAUCUAUUUGAGGUCCUUUAGGUUUGUAUGUUAUUUUAAGUUGUUAGGAAAGUAGGUUCUUAAUUCAAUAUAUAUUAUGGGCUUCUGGAUUAGUUUACUUAUAAUGUAGAGGGUGGUUGGGUUGGUCUAUGUUUGUGUCAUUGUUUCUCCUCUUUGUUCUAACCCAAGCCUUGUUUUCAUUGGCUUGUUCAAACUGUGCACUUUUCAUCCAUCUUGCACUUGACAAUACACCAAUUCAGAAGUCAGUCAACAAUUUGGACUCGGACAGAUCUGGGAUAAAUAAUUCGAUUAUUAAGGUUAGUAAUCUAUAAAAUUGCUAGCUAAUAUCUAUGUAUUUGUAUAAUAAUAUAACUUAUGUUAUCUAAGUUAUGUGGAAUGUAAUUUCAGUAUUAUUAACAUGCUUAUCUUUGGUAUGGUGAUUGUGUCACCAUAUUACUAAGUUAAUAAUUAAAUAAGGCUAAGUAAACACUAUAAAUGCUUGUCAUCCUUCUUCUUCCUGUGUGUGAAUGUUUGAGUGAAUGCGUUGAUUUUUAUCAUUGUGUAAAUACUGAAUUUGUAUGCAAUGUCAAUCAUUGUAUGGUAGUUAGUAGUUAGUUAUAUUUCCUAAAUUGUAUUCUGUAUGUUACAUUUAUUCAUAGUUGAUUCUGUAAUUAGGAGCGUGCUGACAGCUACAAAGCUACCACGCCAGGCGGCUGCCUAGAGAGGACAAACACCCCAGUGUCACCCACAGGGGUGUCAUUGUUAUCUACUAAUAAGGCAAUAAAGACUCACACCCGUAGCCUGUG